AUGUCCAGCGGCGGGCGCAAUGCAGGACGACUGAAGAAUUAUCGCCUAUCAAAUCUGAGCUACUUGCGCAGCGUCAUCUUUAGAACAGCCGCUGCCUGGACCGCGUUUUGCCCUCACAGACACGCAUGCAAAAGACCUAUGGCCGCCAUACAGCAAUGGACCGUCGCGGCGCCUUGGGCGGAGCCGCACUGCGCCCUCGGCGAGGGUCCUUUUUAUGAGGUCGAGACUGACUCGCUGCGCCUCGUCGACAUCAAGAAGAAGCAGAUUCUCUAUUUCCGCGGCGUUAACGCGCCGGCCAACAAGCACACGGCCAGCGCGGCUCCCCAGAUCGUGCAGCUCAACGUGUGCCCGACCGUCACGGCGGACUUGCACGGCGUUGACCCCCGGGAGCGCAUCCUCGUCGGCGUAAAGCAUGGCCUCGCGACACUGGAUGUCGCGCGGGGAAGCUACGAGAUGUUGAUGUCGUUUUGCAAGCCGCCCAACGAGCGGGUGCGCGCGAAUGAUGGCUGCGCCGACCCGCUGGGGCGGUUCCUGCUUGGGAGUAUGACAGAUUUUGGCCUCGGUCCUUUUCAGCCUGAAGGCGGCCUGUUUCUUUUUACGCACGACUCAGCGGAGGAGCUUGUCACCGGGCUUACCAUCCCCAACGGCAUCGGCUGGUCGCCGGACCUGCGCACCAUGUACUUCACGCACUCGCCGACGCGCGAGCUCCUCGCGUACAACUACGACCCUGCCACGGGAACCAUGAGCAACCGCCGGGUGCAUCACCGCUACCCGACGUCAGGCCCGGAGCCUGACGGCCUACGCGUCGACGCCGAAGGCCAUGUCUGGCAGGCGCUGUACGGCGGGUCCGCGGUGCUGCGCGUAGACGGGCGGACAGGCGCGGUACUGGGCAGGGUGGCGCUGCCGACGAGAAACGCGACGUGCGUGCAGUUUGUCGGCGAGGAUCUGUUCGUCACGACGGCGGCGGACGAGGACGGUCAGGACGAAGAGAGUAGGAGGCUGGGCGGCGCUGUCUUUCGGGUGCAUGUGGGUGUUGGCGGCAUGCAGCCAUUCAAGUUUAGAAUGUGA